AUGUCUGCCAGACCCCAGAAGCCAGUCUAUUUCUCCAACGGGGAGGCUCUCCAGAGCCCCCCGUUCAACGUGCGUCUCACCCGCUUUGUCGAGAGCGUUUACUUCUUCCUCGGCCUGUACUUCACUACCCUCUUAUCGCUCGACUCAUACGCCGCCGCUGAGAACUCCUCUUUUAACGUCAAGAAUCAGAGCAAUAAGUAUACUACUCGCUCUCGCUGGGGAGGCAGCACAACCUCAUACGGUGGGGGUGGUGGAGGAGGUGGAGGAGGUGGCGGCGGUGGUCCGGGAUUCGGUCCGCGACGCCUGGGACGUGUGGAUGAUGUUCGUGGGCCGGAGUGCAAGAGCUGUCAAUAA